AUGCGCCGCCGCUGGAGCGAGUGGGCCGCCGCCGGCGCGCCGCCCGCCGCCGGCGGCGCCGGCGCGCCGUCCUUCGGGGAGCUCGUGUCCAGCUUCCGCCGCGUGGUGGCCGCCGACGGCGGACCGCGCGCGGGCGAGCUGGACGUGCGGUCGCUGGUGGGCGACGGCGCGGCGCUCGAGGAGGCGCUGGGGGUGUCUCGUGACAGUGUCAUCGAGUGGAUGGAGGUGCAGGAGGGCCUGCUGCAGCAGCAGGAGAGGGCCGAGGACAAGCAGUUUGUUUUCCAGGUCAAGGCCCCCUGA